CAUAUAGCAAUUGAGAUGGCUAUACAACAGCUAUACCGACAGCUUUAGAGGCGGACGAAUAAUACGCGUCACAGAUUCAAUUCGUUCGGUAGCUACAUGGUUGUAGCCUCCUGGCGUAUUAGCUCACGCAUCUCCACCUCUCUCCCUGUAAAACCUCCGUCCUCCUACUCCCACUUGACUCGUCUUUCAAGCUUAGUGAAGAGAGCGUACUGCGCAUCUGCAAUCAGUACAGUGAUGCCAAUGCGAGCUACCAGGUCAUUGGUACGGAAGCGUGAUGUGGGAGAGGAGGCGUAUGAAGACAAGCAGUCCGAUCUCUCGGAGCCUACACUAGAAAUGAGCAGGAAGACGAGGCAGCCUGCUAAGAGAAUCCGCAUGGAUAAGGAAGACAUUGAUAGGACACGCGCUAGCAAAGCGAGACAGGCGCCCAAACCUGACGCCGAGACCACGAGCAAGAUAGAAGAUCAGGACGGAACAGAGAUAGACCCCGAAUCAGGGGCAGACAUCGACGAGGAUGUUGCAGCCGUGAAAAGAGAUGCUGCACGGCCGCCGCCGGUAAAUAGCGAGUACCUCCCCCUUCCAUGGAAAGGGAGACUUGGUUACGCCUGUAUAAACACCUAUCUCCGUACCUCGACCCCGCCAGUGUUCUCCUCGCGGACGUGUCGCAUUGCGAGCAUCCUCGCUCACAGACACCCCCUCCAUAACGAGAUGUUACCCGAACAUGCGAUACAUAAUCGACCGAACAAGGCGGCCCCGGCGGAUGUUGCGAGGGGUUGUCGAUACGUCGAAGAGAUUGGCCUUGCGAACGUGCGAGAUGUCCCACGGAUGUUGCGGUGGAACGACAAGUACGGGAUCCGCUUUAUGAGGCUGAGCAGCGACAUGUUCCCGUUUGCUAGCCACGAGGUGUAUGGGUACAGGCUCGCGCCUUUUGCUGCAAGGGCGCUCGCGGAGGUAGGGAAGCUGGGGGCAAAGCUAGGGCAUCGGCUCACGAUGCAUCCGGGGCAAUACACGCAGCUAGGAAGUCCACGGCAGGGGGUCGUAGAGAAUGCAGUUAGAGACCUAGAGUAUCACGAUGAGAUGCUAUCUUUGCUGAAGCUGCCAGAACAACAGGACAGAGACGCGGUGAUGGUGUUGCACCUAGGGGGAACCUUUGGCGAUAAGACGGCGACUAUUGAGCGGUUCAAGGCGAACUAUGAGGCGUUGUCGGUGUCGAUUAAGAAGCGGCUGGUGCUUGAAAAUGACGAUGUAAGCUGGUCAGUACAUGACCUCUUACCAGUCUGCGAAGAGUUAAACAUUCCACUCGUCCUUGACUUCCACCACCACAACAUUAUAUUCGACGCCUCGCAGGUCCGCGAGGGCACUCACGACAUUAUACCCCUUUUCCCACGCAUUAAAGCGACUUGGGACCGCAAGCGAAUAAGGCAAAAGAUGCACUACUCCGAGCCACGGCCCGAGGCCGUCACAGCACGACAACGACGACGACACAACCCCCGCCCGUCAAGCCUCCCCCCGUGCCCCAACGAUAUGGAUCUAAUGAUCGAGGCCAAAGACAAGGAGCAGGCUGUGUUUGGACUCAUGCGCACGUUGAAGCUACCAGGGUGGGAUUGUUUCGCAGAUAUAAUCCCAUACGAGCGCAAAGAUGAAAAGAGGACAGUGAGGAGGAAAUUGAGAGAGGCGGAGGCGCAGGCUACUAGGGAUACUAAGAAGGUUAGCAACGUAUCGUCAGAGAUAAUAAGAGAGAUGGAUGAGAUGUCUGAGGACGAGAUUGGGAUGGGAGGAGAAGACAGCAGGGUGUACUGGCCGCCGGGGAUGGAGGAGUGGCUGCGCCCGAAGAAGCGCAAUGUGAGAAAGAGAGAGGGGCCGCCUACUUGAUCGGAC